GUGUCAUUCCUGAUGACUUGUCAAGAGAGGAUUCUGCAUAUAAAUCUGCCAGAUCAGCAGUCAAGCCAGAGAUUACAAAGCCCUUUAAGCAGCUGAAAACUACACAACAGAUGGUGGCAGGAAAUGAUGGAGAUAGGAGUGCUGAUAGUGGUCGUCCCAUGUUCAGUGAGGUCAAUCCUGAUGAUUUCUCCAGAGUUGAUUCUGCAUAUGGCUCUGCAUCCGAUGUGUUGAAGCCCCUUAAGCGGCGCAGGAUAGCUCCCUCCAGUCAGAGCUCUGGGGUUGGUGCUGCUGAGGCAGAGGAAAGCAGCGGAGAUGCUGAGGUAACCAUGGUGAUGGGUCCACCACACACUAGAGAGGAUCGAGGAGGGGUCACAGGGGUCACAGCAAAACAACAGAGGUCAUCCUUAAAGACUGCAGGCUUCAAAGCGAAAGGUCCCUUUGUGGAUAUUUCCACAAUAACGUAUGAUGCCACUAAAUGCAUCGGGCGUGGCUCCUAUGGAGUAGUUUACAGAGGAUCAUACCAGGAAACUCCUGCUGCAGUGAAGGUCAUAGCAACAGGACCCAAUCCAACGUUGACAAAUGAAGUCAUUAUUCCCUGGCGUUUGUCCCAUCCCAACAUUGUGCGUAUGAUGGCUGUGUCCAAAAGUGAAAGCCAGAUCCUUAUUGCUAAUGAGUACAUCCACGGUGCCAACCUGCAACAGGUUCUUCACACAGACACCCAGAUUAAGUUGCAGCAAGAGGAUAAGCUGUUUGUGGCCUUAGAUUUGGCCAUGGCUGUUGAGUACAUACAUGGGAAACGUGUCAUCCAUCAGGACUUGAAGCCAGCAAAUAUAAUGGUUGCUGCAGAUAACAAGAAGGCCUACCUGACUGACUGGGGCUUGGCAAACCUGAUGGAAACGGUGUCCAUGUCAACAGGAGGCAGUCACAUGGGGGGUUUCUGUGGUGCAUUUGGAGGGACUCCACAAUACAUGGCCCCAGAGUGUCUCAUAGAAUGCAAUGACUGCAGCACCAUGUCUGACAUGUGGUCUCUUGGCAUCACUCUGCUGGAGAUGUUCACAGACUCCAAGCCGUGGACAUACAGUAAAGUGCAAGAGCUGCGUAAGCUUCUUUGUAAUAAAAAUGUUCCCCAGGCCAUGUCUAAACUACAGCCAGCGCUCCAUGACAUUGUGACACCACUGCUACAGUAUGGUCCUGAGUCUCGUAUGAACGCCAAAGAUCUGACAGCAUUGUUGAAGACAAAAGUUGAUAUCACCAAAAGAUAUGGCCAUGGAUGGUAGAGAGAUACUACAUAGACACCGUGCAGCUGGAUCAGAACAAUGUUAUGGGUACAUUCAGUUCUAUUUCAUGCAAUCUAGGCCUAGCAUUUUAAUAUAUUGCGUCAGUGUUACUAAUUUCUAGUUCAUUAUUACUGAUGUGCUGCAGACCAGAUGCAGACCUGAUUUCUGCCACAGACAUUCCCCUUUAAAAGAUCAAGUUUUAGUUGAGAUAUCCAGUUUCCUUUGUGCGUUUGCCAAAGUACAUUACACUUUUUUGUAUAUUGACCUUCACCGUAUCACGAAAUGAUUAUGUAAAGCAGGGUUUCCCAAACUGGGGUGCGCGACCUGCUACAAGGGGGUGCGAGAGUUGAAUAGAGCAAUGGCUGAGAUAU